GACACGUAAGAGCAGACAGUUGACUUCUCUGCUAACUUCACUUCAACAGACCUCGACACAAUGGCAGACCUGCUCGGAGGACAAUUCGGUCCAAUAAUGGACGCCACUAAGGAAAUUCAGGAUCUGUGUGAUCAGGUGAAGUCUGAUGUGGAGAACAAGACAACAAAGAAGUAUCAGGAAUACAAAGCAGUUAAAUACAGGAAUCAUUUUGUCGCUCGGCUUGUGACAGGAACCAUAUACCUUAUCAAGGUUCAUGUUGGAGGAGAUGACUACAUUCAUAUGUUUAUCUUCCGAUAUCUUAACGGAGGAGAGGUUGCGCUACGUGAUGUAAAGGAUCAUCAGACCAUAGACAGCCCCCUCGAACCUUUUUAGAAACUGAUCCCAGAACCAGUCUCACCAGUAAAAUCCUUAAAGGCUGCAGUCUCACGUUAAAAUCUUCUGCUUCUUUAUUCUGACAUGAUUUAAUAUUGAUUUUGAAUGUUUUAACGCUGAGAGAUGAAGACAUUUGGUGGAAUGCACUAAGAUGAAAGCUUUAAAAUGAUUUAUAUUUCUUUUUCCUGUUUGCUCACAAUGUCCUUUAACCCCAAAUAAAUAUCCUGCCUCUAUCCUA